CCCAGAUGAAUGGGAGAACUACUCCAUGGAGAAAGAAGCAAAAGCAGAAUCAGACGCGGAAUUCAUACUGUGAAGGAUGGAUUCCUGCUCCUGGACGUUGAUCGACACUUCUCCAAGCUCAAACUGGCCUCCAAUGGUGUUGAAGAUCAAGCUAGGGCACUUGGAACUCUUGUUCGUCGCUUUCUCUCUCUAGGAAUCGCUCUGUCUCUCUAAAACUCGAAUCCCCAGGACUUGUGGCUGGAAAUUGGCUUAAAACCAGAAAAUCCCGACUCACACGGGCAGGCUACACGGCCGUGUGGCUCACCCAGUUGCCUGUGUGAGUCAAAACGCAGCUCAUCAAUUAGUUGAAUUCCAGGCUUCUUACACGGCCAGGGUCACACGGCCGUGUAGCUCACCCAGCCUGGCCGUGUGAAGCCUCGCAGAAUUCCACAAGGCCAAAAUGCAUCCUCACACGGCCAUGUGGAUUUUCUGCUCUGCCCGUGUUUGCUCUCGCACAAUCCCACACGGCCAAACUGGUCACUUGCACGGCCGUGUGGGUUGUGGGUGUGCCCGUGCGACUUCCUUUGCGACUUGCCUCGCGCCCGAUAUUCGCCCAAUCGACCCCGAACUCGCUCCUAAACCUUCAUUCACUUGCCAGGACCUGAAAUAUCACAAACAAGCACAACCUAGCGUGAAAUCGGUCUAAAACACGAGAAACCACAUCUCAGACGGUGUAAGAACAGGGGUGAAAACAUGUGUAAUUAACGGUCUAUCAAACUCCCCCACACUUAACUGUUUGCUUGUCCCCAAGCAAACCUAACUCAAACCAAUGCAACUCUCCAGACCUUUAUAGCAACAAACAACCCAGAUCGUAGGUAGAGGACUUCCUAGAUCAUUUAGCAGCUUACGAGGUCAACCGACGCACAAGUCAUCUCAUAGCUUCUUCGGCGAGAACGCUAGUCUCGAGUCGGAAUCAUGGCAAAUAGUGAACAGAAGACAAAUGAAUUGUGGAUGAAGAGAUUCUCAAAAACAAAGGAUCAUGAACUCACAUUUUUCAAGGUGCUCUAUUUUCUUCUUGAAGAUGGUUGGAACCCCUUUUUUUUCUAUUUUGCUUGUUUUCUGCUAUUUUUUUUUCAAGGGUCCCGACCUGCUUUUCAGAAAAUGGGGGCUCCCACCUAGCAGAGGUUUUGCGGGAGCCCGGCUCUUACCGGCCAUGCCAGGAGCGGAUGUCUCGAGCCUCGUGCGAGGGAAAGACAUGUAAGGGGGCUGGAGGUAGUAGGUGGAAAUUGGGAACGGAUUCCCAUCUCCCCUUACACACUUUCGCCCUAUUCGCACGGGAGACGUUAUUUUUCAGCACAUUUUCGAGCACCUGUUAUUUUCAAAACAUGAUACAAGAGUCCAUGACAGGUAGAGAGUCCACAACACCACACAAUUCAAUGGUCCUAAGAUCACUAAUUCACUCAAUCAACCAACACAAUAUGAAGAAGAAAUGAGAUUUCUUAAAUGCAUCAACAUCCUCCAUAGUGCUACACUACCUCCCUAGGUUGCAUAUUACUAUAAAGACUGUCAAUUCAAAGCAUGCUGAGCAGGCAAUUGCAAGGAACACGUACUUGGAGCCCUCAAAUUUAAAAAUUUGGGAACAGUGGACUAGGCUCCAAGCACACAAACAGAUCUAAUGCAGUCAAAAGAUAAACAUCCCCCCACACUUAAGAUCGACAUUUCCCUCAAUGGAGAAGAGGGAAGGGAAAGGGGAACGAUGUUACCGGUAUGCACGGACUGCAGGAGACUGGAGACGGACCAGUCGAGUGAAGCGGACUGGAGAGGGACCAGUCUGGAACAAACCACAGCUAAAGGGGAACAGAAGAGCUCAAACACAGUAUGUUAGGUCCAAUGGUCAGCCCAAUAAGGCAUCAUCCAAAACAAAAGAUGCGACGGGGGUGAAAUUUCAGGCUGAGGGCGAUGCUUGUUCUACCGGCUUGGGAGGAGUUGGUCGAUGAUGGCUCCGCAAACCUUAAGAUUGAAGAUGGGCGAACUAGUUCCUGCCUCCCUGGACUCGCGAACUAGCGGCAGGGGGUAUGAGCGCUUGAAACAUAGAGAUUCCUCGUCGGCUAGAUAGGAGAUGGGUCUCUACUGCGCUAGCGAGAUCGACCGAUGAAGCUCCCCGUCGUUCUUCUUCCUCCUUGGCUCAGAGGCAAGGCGAUGAUGCCCCUUUGUGUUCUCCUUCACGUUUGGGCUCGACGGCAGAGGUCAGAGUUGAGGCGGGAAUUGCUGGGUCUAGAGACAUGAAGAGGGCUUCGGGAUUUUGUUCAAGAAAGACAAGAUGAGUGGAGGGAAGUGAGGAUUGAUUUCCAGGUGGUGCACUAGUAGGAGGAGAGGAGGGUGUUGUGGACGGCGCUCACUUUAUUAAUUUUUUUCUAUUAUUUUUUUAAUUAAAAUAUAAAAUGAUAUGUUGACCACCACGUCAGAAGCCAACUCAGAUUCGUGAUGUUGAGUCAGCAAUAUUAACGAAAAAGUUGAUGAUGAAUUAACGUUUAGUUAAUUCAUAGUAUUUUGAUAGGUUUGGAUAAAAUAAGAAAAUCUGAAAAAGGUUUGAAUAAAAAAUAGACAUUGGCCUAAAUUCAUUUACUCAAGUUUAGCUUAAGUGACAUUUUAACAUUUUAAGCCCACAUCUAAGGGUCCCCGGAUUUUGAGUAAAAAAUUAAUCCCACAUCCAUGGGGCCAUGCAUUUAGGUCAACCUCAUUUUAAUAAAAAAAAACAUGAAUUUUUAAGAUAUAAUUCAUCGUAUGUUGAAUUUGAGAGAAAAUCCUUUACAAGCAAACGACAUCUUAGGUUCUUAGGAAGGAACGAGCCUAAUACCGUCCGGCGUCCAGUUCCACCCUUAGACCAACUCCAAUGCAAGCCCCCAAAUUUGGGGAUCUUCAUCCCCAAAUUUGGGGUUCAUCCUCAUUUUCCCUUCUUUUGCUUCAAUGCUACAUCCUCUAUAUUUGGAGAUCUCCAUUUUUUUAAGUUUUUCAUUUACUUAAAAAUGUACUUAUCGAAGUCUUAAUAUAAUUUGUUCAUGUUAAUUUUUGUAUAGUUCGUCAUCAUUUUUAAAUACAAAUUUUCCAGUAGAAAUUUUUUUAAUUUUGAGACCAAAUUUUUGUUGACAAAAAAUGAUUGACCUAAUUUGGGUUUACACACAACUAUAGGUGUCAAUCGAGCGGGUUCGGGCGGGUUUGGGCUGGAUUCAAUCGGGUUUGGGUUCAAACGGGUUGCGGGUUAGGCGGGUUGCGGGUUUAUCGGGUUCGGGUUCAUCGGGUUCGGGUUCAAACGGGUUGCGGGUUAGUCGGGUUGCGGGUUCAUCGGAUUCGGGUUCAAUCGGGUUGCUGGCAAAUCGGGUUGCGGGUUUAUUGGGUUUUGGGUCGGACGGGUUGCAGGCGGGUCGGGUUUCGGGUUGUUCGGGCCAGCGCAUCAAGUAACUUAACUCAUUACUCAUUACCAACUUACACAUUUUAUUACACUAAUCUAAAAAAAUUUCUCAACUUUUUAACCAAUUUAUUUCUACCUCGUAUGUAUAUACUUUAUUUUUUUGAAAAAAAUUAGUCAAAAUUUUAAAUCAAUUUGUAUGACUUGCAAACUUGUUAUGUAAUUAAUCAUAAUUGGUAAAGUAUUAUAGCUAAUAGUAAUGGUGAUAUCAAUAUUUGCAACCAAAAGACACCGUUAAUUGUUUAUUUGAUAUUUUAGUAUUAAUUCAGUAGUAAUUGAAUUAAAGUAUCUCGUUUAGUAUAACCAUGCAAAUCUGGUAUUUGGCGUGUGGUAAUUGGCAAAAGCAUAGUGAUAAAAGAAGUUAUUUCAAAAUAACUCAUUGCCCAAAUAACUUCAGUAAACUGUUGUCAAACGAGUUAUUUGUAAAAUUGUUCGAAUUAUCCUAAAAAUUGAACCAUUAGAGAUUAGCUAUCAAAUUUAGUAAAAUUAUUGUGACUUC